AUGAGGGCCCUCGUCAUCAAGGCCCCAUACCAGGUGGCGGUGGAGGACAGACCAAUCCCGGUGCCAGAAGCUGAAGAGGUGGUGGUCAAGGUGGAAGCUGCUGCGCUUUGCGGUAGCGAUCUGCACAUUUGUGAGUUUCGAGCAAGGCUUCGCGUGAUGCUGGAUUGCAGCCAGUAAGGCAAAGGUGCAAACAUGCGUUUGAUACUCGGCUGACUCGAGCGUCAUCUUUGCAUGCGCGUCUUGGCCCAUCAUGCUGCCUUGCGCUGCCUUGAUCCUCAGACAGAGGCCAGUGAGUGAAGCAAAGGAGCAUGUCGUCAGCUUUGCCUUGGCAAGCAUCAGGUCAAAGGCUGACAUUCGUGUGGCCGCGCCUCCUCCCUCCCGCUCUUUGAUCGCAGUCAGCCCGUGGCCAAGUACGACUUUGUGCUAGGACACGAGCUGACAGGUGUGAUUCACUCUGUAGGCUCGUCCAUACAAAACUUCAAAAUCGGUCAAAAGGUGGUGUCGCCUUUUACAAUCAAUUGCGGAUCCUGCUUUUUUUGCGAGAGAAAGCAGACGGCGAGAUGCGUCAAGAGCAGAGUGUACGGAAGCAACGCGAUGGAAGGCGUUCAGGCUGAAUAUGCCAGGAUCCCAUUGGCGGACACUACGCUGUUUCCUGCUCCUGCUGGUGUCAGCGAACAGGUGCUCAUCCUCAUGGCCGAUGUGAGUCCGAGUCACAGUAUUCGCGCACGCGCUUUCAUUGCGCUGCUGCGUAUAUAGCGCGCGCACAUGUCUCAACGGCAUGACACGUAUAUAUGGCGCGACUAAAUUGCUGUGAGACGGCAUGUUUCAAGCGCGGGCUGAACCUCUUCGAGCAUCGUCACGCAUAUCGACACAUCAGAUCUUUCCCACCGGUGAGCGCGAACAAAGACCAGAUCUUCACUCAAUCGACGACCCAUAGUGUUCAAGACUGACACGCUUUGCCUUGUUCUUGCAGGCUUCUUUGUCGCUCAAAAUGCAGCUAAAAUGCUCGGAGAGGCGGAGCGCAAGGACACGACUGCCGUGGUGAUCGGUUGCGGACCAGUGGGCUUGUGCGCCGUCACAGCAGCCAAGCAUUUCUUCGACGUGCGUCAUAUGCAACUCGUGACUCGGUCAUUGCGUUCGCUCGAUCACGCUCUGACACCGCUCUCGUCGCGUCGCUUCGCAGCACGUCUACGCCAUCGAUAGCGUGCCUGCUCGGCUAGACCAAGCAGCUAAGCACGGAGCCACACCUCUACACCUCCACUCUUCCGAUCCCGACGUUACGAGUCGCAUCAAGCAAGCGACGGGUGGUAGAGGCGCAGAUGUGGUGCUGGAAGUGGUCGGCAACCCUUCUGCACUGGAUCUGGCCAUUGGGCUGGUCAGAAACUUUGGAGUGAUCAGCAGUUGCGGUCUGCACACCCACGAAUUGAAGUUGAAGGGACUGGAUCUGUAUAGUGAGUGUGGUCACGAGUGAUGCGCUCAGUACCGUCACCUGGAGUCCGUGUACUCAGGUCUUUGAACUCGCCUUUUUCCAUGUGCUUGUCUUGCCUUGCAACGUCAGACAAGGUGAGUCGGCCUUGCUGUGAAGCUGAGCAAGCUUCACCCGUGGGCUGAAGACGCUCUGUCUGGUUUUGUGGACGUCAGAACAUUCGCUUCCAAUUCGGACGUUGUUCAGUCCGCGCCAUUUUUCCGGAAGCUCUCGAGCUGCUGAAGAAGAAUGCUGAUCUGUGAGUGCCGCAGAAACCUAGCGCGAGGCCCUUCUGUAUUGCUUGGGAAUGCCUGUUUCGACUCAUAGAUUUCUUGCCCUCUUUCGAGCCAUCUAGCUUCGAGUCGUUUGUGGAGAACACAGUGUCGAUCGAGGAGGCUCCAAAGUGGUAUGAGCUUUUUGAGCAGCAAAAGGUACGUGUCAUGCGGUUGCUAUUCAUUUUCAGCCCACAUUGGCCACGUCUCCAUUUAAUGUGACUUGCCGCAAAAUCUGACCCACCCCUGUUCGCUGAUCCAGUGCCUCAAGACUGUGUUCACCUUCGGAAGCCCGUCAGCCGGAUCUGGCGAAGCUGCCACUGCGGCCACGGCUCGUACAGAGCAAAGCGCAGCAGAAUCGUCUGCAGCUGCCGGAACGCCAGCAGCAAAGGAGUCGCCGGAACACCCUGUUCAACGAUCCGAUUGGUUCCAAGCUUAUGCCCCUCCCAAAGCGCGAAGCGAGCAUCCUUUGCGUACUGUGUCAGCUGAAGAGCUCAAGGACGUGUUGCAAAAGCAGGAAACGGCUCAUGGACACGCAGCUCAAAAGGCGCUGGUCAUUGACGUAAGAAGAUCUGACUGCGAGGUGAGUGCAGCGAAUGUGACACCUGAAGUCGUUUGUGUUCGUAUCGAGUCGGCACUCAGCUGACUGCAUACUACUCGGCGGUCUUUGUUCACGUUCACAGUCCUUGAUCCCCACCGCAAUCAACCUGCCAGCUCAGACUUUACCGCUCUCGCUGCCAUCCCUCCUCUUGCACCUCUCCUCUGUCCCACUGGUCGUCUUCCACUGCAAAGCUUGCUCGUCGCCAACGAGCAGGGGCGUGCGUUCGGCCGGAUGGUACGCCGAUGCGCUGCAGAACAAAUUGGGAUUGACGGACGAGCAAACGGCGCAGAGAGUGGCUGUGCUCCAAGGAGGCAUCGUAGCUUGGGAAGGAAAAUUCGGUACAAAGUCGCUCGACACCCGGGGGCAGCUUGCAUUGGAAGGCUGGGAAGCUAGACAGCCAUGA